AGCGACCAGUCACAGAGAGGAUGUGAAGUGGAGAAGGAGGCGGCUUGCGGGUUUUGCGGGUGCACGGUGCGUUGAAGUUUUGGGAAACAUUUCUUCGUUGUUUAGAAAAGAGUCAGGUCCAAGUGCGAUGUCUGUCAAACACAGCUGUUCAUUAUCCGACACGUUUUCAACCGGAUAAUCCCGAGUCGGCGUUUGGAUUAUCUCCUGCUCCUGCUGCGUUUUUGUAGAUCAGUCAGGACGUGCUUCAGUUUCUGUGGACUUUUCAUUUAUAGACUUGUUUCUUUAUUUUUUUUGGGGAGCUGUCACAAGCCGGUGCAGCAAGUAGGCACACUGUGGACAGUGGAAGUGGAGGCUGGAGACGCACACGUGUGUUAUCCGGACGCAUAGAUCCUCUCUCUCUGGAUAAAAGUUGAUUGUUUGUUUAAAACGGGAAGAGAAGCAUGUCUCUUAGCAGAAGUAUUGAAUUUGAACACUUUGAGGAGCGAGAGAAACCUCAUCGGACACCCAGGACCAACUCGGUGUCCGGGUCCCAGUCAGGCUCCAGAGGAAACGGUCUGGUCCCCAGCCCUGCGCACAGUGCGCACUGUAGUUUCUACCGCACACGCACUCUCCAAUCUCUCACGACUGAGAAAAAAGCAAGAAAAGUGCGUUUUUACCGCAAUGGAGACAAAUAUUUUAAAGGUUUGGUCUAUGCUGUGUCCAACGACCGGUUCAGAUCACUGGAUGCUCUGCUCAUGGAGCUCACACGGUCCCUGUCGGACAAUGUCAACCUUCCCCAAGGAGUCCGGACGUUAUACGCGUUGGAUGGAGGCAGGAAGAUCACCAAUCUGGAUGAGUUAGUGGAGGGUGAAAGUUAUGUGUGCGCUUCAAAUGAACCCUUCCGACGUGUGGACUACACCAAGAACGUCAACCCCAACUGGGCAGUGGGCAGCAAGACGGGCACGUCGCGCUCCCUCUCCUCCCUCAUCCCGCUCAAGAGUGAGCUGCAGCGCGAGUCCAAGGACUUCAUCAAACCCAAGCUGGUUACAGUCAUCCGCAGCGGCGUCAAACCACGCAAGGCGGUGCGGAUACUGCUCAAUAAGAAGACGGCGCACUCCUUCGAGCAGGUGCUCACUGACAUCACAGAUGCGAUCAAGUUGGAUUCUGGAGCUGUGAGGAGACUGUACACUUUGGAGGGCAAGCAGAUUACCUGCCUGCAGGACUUCUUCGGGGACGAUGACGUGUUCAUAGCGUGUGGCCCAGAAAAGUACCGCUAUGCCCAGGAUGACUUUGUGUUGGAUCACAGCGGUAAGGCUUCCACAGCCUUUAUGACUGAAUGCAGAGUGCUAAAGUCAUCACACAGCCGCUCUGCUACUCCGAACCGGACAGCUAAGAGCCCGGGACCUUCACGACGCAGCAAGUCUCCUGGCGCAGGAAGGCAAAAUAUCCACUACUCCACCAGUCAGUCUCCAAUCAAAUCCCCAGUAAAUGGCAUCUCAGCUCAUAGCAGCCAGAUCUCAACUCCAAGGUCCACCAAGUCCUCCACUCCGUCUCCCACCAGCCCCCGACCCAUGCCCAGCUUCAAGAUCCCUCCGUCAUCACAUCACAUCUCUUUGCCAAAUGUAAACGGCUCGUUGAACAACCACCAGGAGCAAACCAACCGACUGAGUCCAGAGGCAGUUAAUGGUAAUCGGUACCCGCCUGCCUCUGCCAUUUUGGAAAAAUACAAGGUUGGCAAGGUCAUCGGAGACGGCAACUUUGCCGUGGUCAAAGAGUGCGUGGAGAGGUCCACGGGAAAAGAGUUUGCACUGAAGAUCAUCGACAAGGCCAAGUGCAGUGGAAAGGAGCAUCUCAUAGAGAACGAGGUCGCAGUGCUGCGGAAGGUGAAACACCCCAACAUCAUCAUGUUGAUAGAGGAGGUGGACACUUCCUCUGAACUCUACCUGGUGAUGGAGCUUGUCAAGGGAGGGGAUUUAUUCGAUGCCAUCACCUCCUCGGCCAAAUACACAGAGAGAGACGCCACCAUCAUGGUGUACAACCUCGCUGGAGCUCUGAAAUACCUGCACAGCAUCAACAUCGUCCACAGAGACAUUAAACCAGAGAACCUGCUGGUGUUUGAGUAUCCAGAUGGCACCAAGUCAUUAAAACUUGGGGACUUUGGCCUUGCCACAGUGGUGGAAGGACCGUUGUAUACCGUAUGUGGAACUCCUACAUAUGUGGCUCCGGAAAUCAUUUCUGAGUCUGGCUACGGUCUAAAGGUGGAUAUCUGGGCUGCAGGUGUCAUCACCUACAUCCUCCUGUGUGGCUUCCCUCCAUUUAGAAGUGAGAGUAACAUGCAAGAAGAUCUGUUUGACCAGAUCCUACUGGGGCGACUGGACUUUCCCAGUCCUUACUGGGACAAUAUCACAGACUCAGCCAAGGAACUGAUUGGAAAGAUGCUGACGGUCAAUGCUGAGGCUCGAUACACAGCACAAGACAUCCUCUCCCACCCUUGGGUCACGGUAUUUCACAGCGCUGACGACGCAGUCAUCGGAAACAACAUGCAGAUGGAGGUCACAGGUAAACUGAAGACGCACUUUAACACUGCGCCUAAGCACAACAACACCACGGCUGGUGUGUCGGUCAUCAUGAACACAGCUCUUGAUAAGGAGAACCUCCAGCUCAACACCCGUCGUUGCACCCAAACAGUGCCAUGUCCACCAUCGUUGGCUGGCAAGAAACUCCCAGCAGCCCCUCCUGUCAAACCAGCCUCGCCAACAAAGUCAGGACCAGCUUCUCCAACCAAACGGGCUUCACGCACCAAAGAACCAAAACCUGCCACGCUGGCAUCGCCCACCAACACUGCUCUUCUCAAGGCACCCAAGACCCCGAGGACUGCCGUGCCUGGUGCUACAUUCACCUCUAACGCUCCCAGCUUUCGUUCCCCGACUGACGAUGUUGAUUUCCCUCCUCCUGCUCCUGUCAGUUCACUUCAUUUAUCACCCUCACCCUCUGCUGAAACUUUCCCCAUCACCUUUUUGUCUGUUUCCACCCCUCCUGAAAUAAGAACAUCACCCUCUGCUGCUCCCUGUUUAUCUCUGGAGACUCCCUCACCCUCUGGUCCUCCUGCUUUUUUCGCCUACACAGCUCCAUCCACGCCCAUCUGCUGUCCUUCCCCGUCAUCUCCAACCAAACCAGCUCAUUCCUAUUCAUCUCCCACCAAACCAGCGUUUCUUUCUCCCUCUUCUCCCACCAAACCGGCCCCUUCCCCCUCUCCUACCAAAGAGACAACGUUCCCAUCUUUCUCUCCGACAAAACAUGCUUCCCCCACCCCGGUCUCCCCCAUGCAACCUGUUGUAUUCUUCCCUCUCUCUUCCCCAACCAAACAAGAACCAUCCUCCCCAUCUCCCAUCCAUCCAACCCUGUUUCCUUCUCCUCCUUCUACACCUCCUAGAUCCACAACCCCACCCUCUCCCACUAGCCCUCCUUCUCCCAGUCCUCUCCCUGCUGAAGACCUUAUGGAGAAUAUUUAAAAAAAAAUCAAUCCUGUCAUCAUUUUCACUCCUUCUCAUUAAACUCCACCUCGAGCAUUUCCAGUAGCUGUAAACUGAGCCAGUGACUGCUGUGUCCAUAUUUUAUUUUCAUUCUUAUCCUACCCAUUUUCAGACGCGGAGGCAUUUUCUAAGAGUUUGUCGAUUGUGUAUAUGUGUAUGUUUGUAUUUAUUAAUGGAGGAUGUGGAGACAGGGGAUGAAAUGAAUCAAUCACUGUUCUGAGUGGCUUGUCUUUAGAAGUCAUGCAUUAGUGUAUCACAUUAAUGUGAAUUCUUUCUUUUAUUUAUUAUCUCAUUCUGACUGCCCGUGGCUCUUUUGUAAAUACAUAUUCAUUCCACACAGACACGCGCAACACAUCAUUGUGAACUCCUAUUGCUUUAGCAGAGACAGUAUGUCCAUGAUACAUAAAUAAAAGUAUUUCAGCAUAUCUCAGCCGUCUGAACUCGCUAGCCUAACGACCUGUAGUAUAAUCCAACUACCGUAUAACCACUAUCAGUAUUUCCUCUGACCACAGCCAUCCCAAUGGUAACUGCAAAUGUACUGUUAAACUUAGGAUUCCUAUUAAGUGUUCAACAAAUACAGUGGGUUGACAAAAUAAGUUACCACGUAGGUAAUGAUGAAUAAUGGAGUUUAUGUGCAUGUAAAAGAUUAAUAAUCAGACCUGACACAGAUGGCUGUUUAUUUUAAAGGGUAUGUUCAUCUUAGAAUUAGAAAACAUUUUCUCACCUCAAGUGCAGCAGUUCCCACUGUAGUUGACAACGUUGCAAUCUGUAACCACACCACUAGAUGUCACUAAAUCCCACACACUGGACCUUUAAACAUUAUGUAGGGGCCUGAAGAUGUAAAAGUAUCCUUUAGUAAACAAAACACAUACAACUGUUAAACAUUGUUAGUGUGAACAGACAUUCACCCACCUUCACUGUACUGGGAAACACUAAUCUUCAGAGGAACAUCCUAUUUUUUUUUUUUAGUUUGGAUGAACUAACCCUUUAACAUGUCUUGCCUCUGUGUCUACCUUCAUAAUUCACGUCAGUUCGGGUAAAUUAUUUUGCGAACCCACUGCAACUGACGGACAUGUUCAUUCACAUACUGUUUGUAUUAUUUGAUGUGAGCGUUACAGCUGUACAUAGUGUGAAGAACCUUAGUUGUCUACCUGAAACUUGAAGGUUUGUUUUUUUUUGCCUACGUGUGACUGCUGUACAUAAAAAUAGAGAAACUAGAUCCAACAGACAUGAAACCAAAUUGCAGAAUUUCAAAAAACUGACUGAACAUAAAGCACACAUUCACCAGGUGAUAAAAUUAUCAUUGAAUGACACUAGUCAACACCGAUCCUUCGAAAUAUCCAUGCAAUGUUUUUUUUCUGUUGGAUUUAUAUGAAUAAUUGUGUUUGUGCCUGACCACUAGCUAACGGCUCAUAGUUUAAUGACGAUGCCCUCAUCAAAACCAGUUUGGCCGAAAAAAGGGUUCCAAGUUGUGCAUCUUAAAAAUAAGUUGUAAAUGAUUUGUUUUUGUGUUGAACUCUGCAGCUUUUAUCCCAGCUGGUGGUAGUAGGGCUAAUUCUAUCAGUGGUUCAACAUGCCUCUCUUCAGGACCUUUCAGCUGCAUGCAUACUCCCCCUCCUUUCCUUACCUCCCCAUAAAACCAAACCCUCUCACAUACACAAAGUCAAGUUGGUACAAAAUGUCAUUUAGCUUCCUCUUAUGUAUAUGUAGUUAAAGUAGAUUUUCAUAAGCAGUUUGUAAAGGGAAAUUUGUAUGAAAAGACAGUUUCAAAACGGGAAUAUCAUCUGUGUCAAACUGGAGUAAAGGUUUUUAUUAGGCAUAGAGUGGCUGCUUUUAAUGUCCUACUGUUUUCAAACAGCAGUACAGCAUAAAAUAAAAAUGCAAUAAAGACUUUAAAUGACC